AUGCCUCUCCGAAAUCUGGACACUCCGCCAACAUCCGCCGCUGCUCAUACUCGUGUCGUGACACGCUCCGCAGCGCGCCAAGCUGCGGCUGCUCAGCAUCCGUCACCGUCGUCGGUUAAUUCUCCUCCGGCUUCUCCGCUACCUCAUGGACAUCCGGUUCAUGAUGAUGACACAGGUGACUCGUCAGGCUCCCGCUCUUCGUCUGAUGAGGUCGUGCGUCCCUUCUCGUAUCUUUUCUAUUCUGCCACUUUAAAAUUUGUUUGGGAUGGGAUGUCUGCGAAACAGUUCAUAUGCCAACAAAAGUUGCAUAUCGAAGACUUCAAUGCUAGAACUGGCCUGGUUCGUACUCUUGAUACGGCCGGGUUAUUACAGACAGUUGUCAAAGUUCCUCGUUUUGUUAAGACUGUGGUGCUUGAUUUUUAUGCUAAUCUUGUACCAGAAUUAACCAUUCGCGGGACUGUCUAUAUACGUGGGCGGUUCUACGAGUUCAAUCCUCCGAUCAUUAAUGCCUUCUUUGGCUCAUUUGACUAUGAUGACGACUUCACAGCGGACAUGGAUGCUAUUACACAUAGACUGACAGGUGGAAACAAGAGCCGUUGGGUGUCUAAGGACUCCAUCAAAGUUGUAGAAUUGACCUCAACUUUCGCUUUUUUGCACAAGAUUGCAUGCUCGAAUUGGAUGCCCACUACUCAGCGUGGAUAUGUUAAACGAUCAAUGGCGAUUUCGCUUUUUAAGAUUGAAUGUGGCAUGAAAAUCAAUCUCGGUCAGCUCCUUUUUGAUCAGAUCCUUGGAGCGCGAAAUGGCAGUGCUGGGAGGAAAGAUCUCAUUCUUCCUAACCUUAUUUAUGGCUUAUUAAUGAUGCAGGGUUUUACGAAAAAUCUUUCUGAGUUUUACGAAGCCGAUCGGCCCGUUAUAAAGAUUGAUCGCCGUCUUCUUCGUGGUUCCCACUUCGAUGACUUGGACAUUCCCGAGUCUGUUGAUCGGGCAGGUUCAUCCUCCACUGCUACCGCUACUGAGUUGGCCAUCGAGUUUCUGGAAAAAGAACUGUGUCUCCUCUCUCAUAAGAGACAGGAAGUGGUUGAUCGUGAAAUUCAAAUCCGAGGUCUUCUACUACGGCUGAAAGGUUUGGGCAAUUUAAAUGAUGUUAAGCGCGCCCAUGUCUGUCCUGACAACGCGUCGUCUGGAUCCACAAGUUCCUCAGAAGAAUUCUACUGA